CACCGCGUUAGCCGACUGCGAAAAAAUGUAUCGUUCGGUCCUCGUUAAUCCGAACCAACGUGAUUUACAGCUAAUCGUGUGGCGCGACGAACCGUCUAAACCGCUUGCAGUAUACAAGCUGAACACGGUCACAUAUGGCACGGCUUCGGCACCGUUCUUGAGUGUACGCUGUUUGAAGCAACUGGCUGCUGAAUGUUCCGACCUUGAAGUCAAAAGAGUCAUAAAUAACGAUAUUUAUGUUGAUGACCUCCUGACCUCUAGUGACGACAAGGUCAAAUUAUUAAAAAUUUGCAAGGGUACCGUAGACGCGCUAAAGUCCGGUUGUUUUACUUUACGCAAGUGGGUUUUCAAUUUUGAAGUCCGCGAGGGCGCAUACCCAAUGUCCCCGAAUGAUAAUAAUAUUAUUGAUACAUUUCGCAACUUAAACUUCGGGGAACAUAGCCAAUGUAGAACUUUAGGCUUAGGUUGGUGCAACGUUUCUGACGAUUUUAAUUUUAAUACGCAGUUACAGCAGGCUACUUCUAAUGUAACGAAACGCACCAUAUUAUCUUCAGUUUCGCAAAUAUUUGAUCCAUUAGGUUUAUUAAGUCCGUCGAUUAUUAUAGGCAAAGUUUUAUUACAACGUCUUUGGUUGCUUAAGUUACAGUGGGACGAUCCGCUUCCCGCGGAUAUUUUACGUACGUGGAACCGGUUUGUUGACAGUCUGUCUCAUCUUUCUUCAAUAAAGAUUCCGCGACACGCAUUUCAGUGUGACGGCACACGAGUCGAGCUGCACAUUUUCACGGACGCCUCACAGACAGCUUACGGCGCUUGUGCUUAUGUGAGAACCGUAUGCGAUGAUCGUGUUGUCGUAAAAUUAUUAAUGUCGAAGGGUAAGGUAGCCCCAUUGAAGCCUGUUAGUAUACCUCGACUGGAGCUAUGCGGCGCGUUGCUAGGCGCUAAACUCUACGAUAAGGAUUACUAUCCCCUCAGCCCUGGCCAUUUCUUGAUUGGCCGACCUCUCACGGCACCGGUGUGUGAAGAUGACCUACAGCACUUACCUGUACACCGGUUGAGCCGCUAUCAGAGAGUGGAACAGCUGCGGCAGCAGUUUUGGACGCGCUGGGCUAGUGAGUAUAUCUCGGAGCUGCAAAUCAGAGCUAAGUGGAGGGAAAAUGCGGAAUUGAAGCCUGAUACGCUUGUCCUAAUCAAGGACGUGGCUCUUCCGCCGUUGAAAUGGCAACUCGGUCGCGUGGUUAGGACAAUUCCUGGUGACGAUGGCAUCGCCAGAGUGGCGGACAUCAGGACAGCAUCAGGUGUCAUAAGGCGAUCUUACACGAAGAUCUGUCCACUCGUGAGAGAGGAAUAG